GCAUGACAUUGAUUGAUUAAGCCGAAAAUUAAUCGGUAUAUUGAUUAUGAUCGACUAACAACUAACAGUUCUUUAACUAGGCUUUUGUAAUGUUUUGUGAUAUUGAAAUAAAAUGAUUUUUCUACUACAAACGAGAUUAUUAAACUGUGGAAUCAAUCACAUUCUAAAAUGUGAAAAACUAUCUUAUACCCAUUGGCAUAGUAACAAGUAGUUUCAAGUUGCAGAACCCUUCAUUUAUAAUUUUGUUCUUGGUUGGUUCAUGGUUGUAUUCACAAGUAAGUAAAAAAGAAUGUGAAAACUAAAAUGUACUAUAGAAGUAGAAAGUACAUUUGACUUGGAUUAUUACCAACUACCACCAAAAUUAAUCAGUUAACAUAGUUACUAAUAAUCUCUUUUGUCUCCGCUUAAGUUAAGUUAUCACUUGUAAACACUUCUUACUUUACUAGCUUCCCGACAAAGGUCCCACCGCCUCUUGUCUUCAUUGCCUCAUCCUUGUGUCUGAUCUAAUCUCUUCUUCUUCUCUUCUCUCUCCCAAAAUCUGUUUUGGAAUUAACACAAAUUUUGUGGGCUAUCUUCACUUUUUCAGGAUUCUUUCUGGUGAGCAUUAAUGGUAGAUAUGGAAGUUGGCACCGCCAAUGGUGAAGAUAAGAUAAUGACCGCAACUUCAUCGAAUCAAGAACUGCAAGUUUCUGUUUCUUUUGGUAAGUUUGAGAAUGAUUCACUGUCAUGGGAGAAGUUUUCAUCUUUUUCUCCAAACAAGUACUUAGAGGAAGUGGAGAAGUGUGCAACUGCUGGAUCAGUAGCUCAGAAGAAGGCUUAUUUCGAAUCACACUACAAGAAGAUCGCUGAGAGGAGAGCUGAUAUUAUAAUGGAGCAGGAGAAACUAUUGAAGAGAAAUGCAUCUUUCAGGCCAAGUGUUCAGAACAGGGAAAAAACAGACAAUAGUGACAAUGACGAGUCAAUGAUGAUCGAGUUUAGUGCCGGUUAUGGAUCUAACGGUGAAAGUACUUCAGAAGAAGAUAAGCUUGUGACUGGCAUUGCUACUGAGACAUGUAACCAAAAGCCUCUUGAAGAAACUAUGGAUUUCGUGGAAUGUCGAAGCUCGGUUGAUGCCGGGGAUGAUCUGAGUACCCUGAAGUUGGAGGAGAAACUUGAAGAGAUUGUUCAAGUGGAGGAUAAAGAGAAACUAGAAGAGGUUGUUUGUAUGAAGGAAGAAGUAAAAGAAGAUGUUCCAUCAAAGGAUAUUGGAGAAAUGAAUGAAGCGCUAAUAAAGGAGACGAAGAAAGAGACCGAGAAGACAGAUAAAAACGUGCGAACGAACCAUAUGAGAGCCUCUCCCAAGUCUAAUCAGGCUACCAAGAAACCAGUAGCGAGCAAGAUUGUAACAAGUACAAAAACUCAAUCAAGAAAGGAGAGAAGCAUGACAAAGGCAACAAAUAAAGCAGCAUCACCUGUCUUAAAACCUCUGUUUACAACUCCAAGAGUGUCUAAGCCAGCUUCAACAAUCAGCUCAAUGUCUACUUCUCGCUCUUCAGUAAAGAAAGAAAAUGUCUCGGCUUUACCGAGAAAGAAACAAACCGCUCCAAAGUCAUUGCAAGUUCCUCUCAAUGUGGAUCAGUCUUGCUCCGAUCCUACUGCUGUUCCAACAACAAGAAAAUCCUUGAUCAUGGAACGAAUGGGAGAUAAAGACAUCGUUAGACGUGCUUUUAAGACUUUUCAGAAGAGUUUCGACCAAAUUAAACCUUCUGGUGAUGAGCAAGAGCAAGAUACAGCUCCUAAGCAGGUUCCUGCAAAGGCAACUGCUGUUUCGAGGUUAGGUACUACUGGUCAGAAAAAUAGCAGGCUUGCAAAAUCAGAAGGCACGGAGAGAAAAGGUUCUUACUCUCACGGUUCUUCGUCUUUUGUAUCAAAAAGCAACGGGACAGCUGAGAAACAGAAGGAGCCUUCCAGGCCUGGCGCAAGAGCUAUGGAGAGGAUACAGGCGAUACCGAAGGCAGAAGCAACAAAUCCCAAAACUCGGAGGCAAAGUCUAAAUCCAAAAGAAAAAUCCAUUCAAGGACCUCUGCCAAAAAGCUAUUCAGACAAAGUACUAUGAUGUAGCAGUCCUCAUUUCAAGAACUUUGUUAUGUAACCGAUGAGCAUUGUUUUUGUCUGAUCUUCUGGAUGAUUCCAUGGUAUUGAGGCUGAAGUACAAGGCUAAUGGCUCCACCAACAUUUUUCAGCAAAAAUAUCAAAUAUCUCCAAUCUUUCAGGCAACACUCAAGACUCAAGACUCAAGAGUCAAUGAUGUUUGUGAUAUAGAGAAGUCACCACGUUUGUGGACAAGUAAGUAUUAUACAGUCUUGUGUCAAUGUAUGUGUAUAGAGUCUAUAGACUAAAAUGAGGAUGAUGUUAUUAACAUACUUGAAUAUCAAUGCUAUUAUUUCUCCUGGAA